AUGUCUGAGUCAGUCGCCAUCCUCCGCCGCCGUCGCUCAGACGAGCUGGCCAGACUUGCGGACGAGCACAUGCAACACGACCUGCAGAGCGAAGACCGCGACAAGCUCAAGGCAGCAGCUUCAAGCAUCUCGCUAUGGACAACCGUCGGCUCUGCAAUUGGACUCAGUGUCGGAUUGUAUGCCGCAAUCCGGCUACGCAGUACGCGCCGCGCCUUUUUCGCUGCUGUCCGUGCACAGGAAAAACCUACUCAGGUGGUGUUUGCAGAUGGGCGUACCGAGGCUAUUCCUGACCUAACUCCCUUGCUAAAGCCCUCUGCUUGGGGCGAUUUCGCGACUUAUUUCUUUGCGUCACUGGGCGGGCUAUUUUUGGGCGGAGAGCUUGGUCUGGCGGGAGGAGCAGCAAGUGGCAGUCGCACUAUAUCUUCGGACCCUGAGAGCAAGAAGCGGAUCGAGACGGCGUUUAGAAAGUUCCGGGCUGAUGUGCUUCGUAAGGAAGCGGAUUCAUUGGACAAGGGUGCUGAUGUUUCAGGCGAGAUGUUCUAA